AUGCAGAUUUUUAUGACAAUUACAUUCCUCGUGAUUCGUUCCGUUGCGCCACAAACCAAUCAAAAUUUGCAGUCGUUGAUUGACGACCUGUUUAGUAAUUAUUCGCCCAAAGUCCGUCCAGUGAUUAACCAACAUGAUCCGCUUCCUCUUGAUGUCAGUUUCUACCUAAGUAGCGUCAAUGAAGUCAGCGAAGUGAAGGAGAAGUUGGUAACUACUGGAUUCCUUAUGUUGUCAUGGAUAGAUGAGCUGUUGACAUGGAAUCCCGCAGACUAUAACGAAACUGAAAUGAUAUUUAUUCCACAGACUGAAAUAUGGAAGCCCGAUCUCGUACUUAAGAACGGAUUUAAGAAGUUUGAGGAACUGGGAGGCAGCUUUUAUUAUUUGGCCAUUUAUUACACUGGCGAGGUUUCGUGGUGGCCUUACCACGUGUUCGAAAGUCGAUGCUCUAUGGAUAUCACCCAUUUCCCGUUCGAUACACAGACUUGUGACAUUAAGUUUAUAACAUGGAGCCAUUUCGCUGAUCAAAUAGAAAUUUCUAAAUCGGCGAAAGGAAUUCAAUUUUACGAAUACGAGGCCAAUGGAGUUUGGGAUAUACUUAAUACGUCUUCAGAAAUCAAGAAAGAACACGAGGAAUCGGAAAUCAAGUUUACAAUUACGUUACAACGGAAGUCUCAAUAUUACAUCAUGAAUAUUAUUCUGCCUGUUGUUUUCCUGGGAUGUCUGAAUAUUCUUGUUUUUGUGAUCCCAGUGGAUGCAGGAGAAAAAAUGUCCUUCUCUGUGACCGUAUUUCUCUCUUUUGCUGUGUUUCUUACGAUUAUUUCUACACUGCUGCCUUCAAACUCUGACAAUACACCCAUACUAGCUAUGUACUUAAUCAUUCAGUUAGUUUAUGGAGUUAUAGCCCUUGUUAUUUCAGCAUUGCAGCUUCGCUUACAUCAUAGGGACGACUCCGAGGAAAUAUCAGCAUACUGGGUUAAAAUUGUUCAAUUACAAAGAAAACUAAGAUGUAAAGGAACCCAGAAAUUUAAUGUUGUGGAAGUUAAACCUUUUGAUAUGAAUUUGAAUGAGAAAGAUGGACUUAAAACUGUUGAUGACCACAGUGAAGGUCACGUGGUGACAUGUGGAUGGAAUCAUGUGGCUUCUUCUAUUGACUUUUUUGCUUUCUGGUCUUUUUUGGUUAGCAAUGCUGUGAUUGCCGCUGUCAUGUUUACAGUGGCAGCUAUACAUUGA